AUGGAUACCACGGCUGUUCUAGAUAAAUACACACAGGAUCUUUCCAAUUUGCCGUUAGAGGUCAAGCAUCUACUUGAAGAGUUGAGGAAUAAGGACUUCCAACUAGCAGAGACGAGAAAAAGAUAUCAAAGUAAAGAUAACCAAAUACACAAGUUUAUAAAAGCAAAUGGAACACUAGCAAAAAAUCCUAAGGAACAGCUGAUCUAUGUCAAAAUAGAAGAGGGCAUGGCUGCCGUCAAAAAAAUACAACAAGAGAAGAUUUUGUUAGCUAAUACUGCUCUUUUUCUAGUAUCAAAGCAUUUAUAUAACUUUGAAACAGACAUAGCGAAACUAGAGGCAGAUGAGCUUUUGCCCCCAAUCGAAAAUGUCUUGGAUUUGGAUGGCUCCAGGUUGGAUGAUCAAUUAGCCAACGGCUUUUCCGAUAGCGCUUCCGCUACACCUACUCCUAGAAGUGCAGGCUUCUCCGCUUCGAGCUCUGACAACGGAAUGAGAAGAACACAUAAGAGGAAGCACACUUUAAUGAAAUCCGAAAUGAGGCCGAUGAAAAGAUUUAAAAUUGAAGAUUUGGAAGACGAUGACAUAAUCCCAACCAGAAAAGCGUCUUCAAAUGAGGGCCCACAAGCAGGUACCGGUGAGGACGCUGACAACAAUCUCUAUUGCUUCUGUCAGCGUGUUUCUUUUGGAGAAAUGAUUGGUUGUGAUAAUGAUGACUGUAAAUACGAAUGGUUUCAUUGGAGCUGCGUCGGCAUCACUUCUCCUCCUAAGGACGAUGAAGUAUGGUAUUGUCCCGACUGUGCGCCUAAGAUGGAGAAAAGAAGGAAGAAAAAGAAGUAG